GGACUUGAACUAUCAACUAACAAAAAAACAUCAAACAUAAUUUAAGAAUGGGGUUCAUGUUUAUGCUCAUUAUUCUUUGCAUGUUCAAUUUUGUCAUCUCACAAAAGGAUGCAAACACUCAACAAACCUACAUUGUUCAAUUAAAUUUACCCGAUUUCGUAAGAGGUUUAUCCUCCGAUCAAAUGCAAAGUAUUUACCAGGGUUUCCUUCCGUCCACGGCCAUCACUAGGUCUCGGAUCGUUCAUUCUUAUCGUCACGUAAUGCAUGGUUUCGCGGCAUCUCUCACGCCGGAAGAGGCGAAGGAAAUGGAGAAUCAACACGAAGUCAUUUCUGUUCGAACUCAAAAGAUCAUUGCUUUACAAACAACACAUACUCCAUCAUUCUUGGGCCUCAAUCAGAAUCUUGGGGUUUGGCCAGGAUCUAAUUUUGGUAAAGGUGUUAUUAUCGGUGUAUUGGAUACUGGAAUUACGCCGAAUCACCCUUCUUUUAACGACGACGGAAUGUCGCCGCCACCUACGAAAUGGAAAGGGAAAUGUGAACUAAACGGGACUGCAUGCAACAACAAGCUCAUCGGAGCGAGGAAUUUCCUCAGUGGCACCACGGGGCAGCCGUUGGACGACGAAGGCCACGGGACACACACGGCAAGCACGGCAGCCGGGAACUUUGUUUCUGACGCCAACGUUUUUGGUCAGGCUAUUGGCACGGCCGUAGGAAUGGCUCCCAUGGCACACUUGGCAAUUUAUAGAGUGUGCGGGUUCGGUUGCCCUGAUUCUGAUAUCUUGGCGGCAAUGGACGCUGCCAUCGAGGAUGGAGUCGACGUGAUGUCGUUAUCUAUAGGUGGCGAGUCGUUACCGUUUUACUCGGAUGUAAUCGCCAUAGGAGCGUAUGCUGCGAUGUCAAAGGGGAUUUUCGUUAGUUGUGCGGCUGCAAAUAGUGGUCCUUCAAGUUUCACUUUGUCGAACGAGGCUCCGUGGAUUCUAACCGUUGGAGCUAGCACAAUCGACAGGACGAUCAAAGCCAUGGCUGUCUUGGGAGACGGAGAAGAAUUCGACGGCCAAUCAGCCUUUCAACCGAAUACCUUCAACUCGACGCAACUUCCACUUGUAUAUGCAGGCGUCAAACAUCCGAGUUCCUUCUUCUGCGCUUCGGGAUCCCUAAACGAUACCGACGUUAAAGGGAAGAUCGUGUUAUGCCAAAGAGGAGGUGGCGUUUCGAGAAUUGGGAAAGGAGAGACGGUUCGUGAUGCCGGAGGAAUCGCAAUGAUCCUGGCUAACGACGAAAUCAGCGCAUACAGCAUAUCGGCCGACACUCACGUGUUGCCUGCAACUGCGGUCAGCUAUGUCGCAGGACAAAAGAUCUUGGAAUACAUAAACUCGACGAGGAAUCCAACCGCCACAAUUGUUUUCAAAGGAACAAUCAUAGGAGACAAAACCGCCCCAGCAGUUACUUCGUUUUCUUCAAGAGGCCCCAGCCUGGCAAGUCCCGGAAUCCUUAAACCUGACAUUAUCGGGCCUGGAAGCAACAUUUUAGCAGCAUGGAAUGUCCCGUUUGACAACAAUUCUCGCUCAGAUUUCAAAUCAAACUUCAACAUCAUUUCCGGGACGUCCAUGGCCACUCCCCAUCUCAGCGGGAUCGCAGCUCUGCUCAAGAGCGCUCAUCCGGAUUGGUCUCCAGCCGCCAUUAAGUCUGCCAUGAUGACCACAGCCAACUUGGUAAACCUCGGGGGAACCCCGAUCCUAGACGAGAAGCUAUUGCCGGCAGACAUAUUCGCUAUCGGAGCUGGCCAUAUAAACCCGUUAAAGGCGGUUGAUCCAGGCCUGAUUUACGACCUCACAGCCGACGAUUACAUCCCGUAUUUAUGUGGCUUGAACUACACCGAGCAAGAAAUCAAAGCAACCACAACACAGUCGGUAAAUUGCUCGAUUGUCGGAAGCAUCUCGGAGGCGGAACUUAACUAUCCGACAUUCGCCGUCAAGCUCGGUAACUCUUCGAAGAGAUACACAAGGACGGUGACAAAUGUUGGACCGGCGAAUUCCACAUACGAGGUGGGGUUUGAGAUAACAGGAGUGAGCAUUUGGGUUGGCCCUGGAAUACUUAGAUUUUCAGAGACAGGGCAAAAACUGACCUACUCCGUGAUAUUCCAAAACGAGGUUACACCUUCGAAUUCUUCGUUUGUAGAAGGAUCAAUAGUGUGGAAUUCUCUUUACAGUAAGCAUGUAGUCAGAAACAGGAUCUCUGUUCAACUAUAA